AUGUCGGCCUUACUAAUUCUUAAACAAUCACUGAGUCGGCUCCCGCCCUCGGCCCGGCAGGUCCUGUGCUGCUGCUACCACACGGAGAGAGGAGUUUACGGCUUCAGACCCAAACACGCCGACAAAGACCUCAAGUUGUGCACGGAAUGGGCAGCAGCCCUGAACCAAGAUCAUGGCCUGGCUCGUCUGGUGGAGGCAUACAGGGCUCAUGGACACAAGGCAGCCAAAAUCAACCCUUUACUCCCAGACAAACCAGUACUGGAUGAUAUCCCAGAGAUCUCCUCUCUUGCUGGUUCCAUUACAGGAUAUCUCCACACCUCAGGUUUGAGGCAUUUUGGCAAAUCCGAGGCUUCCGUGGAGGAGGUCCAGGCCUAUUUGGAAAAGAUGUACUGUGGUCCUCUGUCGGUGGAGAUCAGCCAGCUCAGCAGCCAGGAGGAGAGGCUCUGGUUUGCUGAUCGCUUUGAGGCAUUGAAAAAUCAAAGUUUCAACACUGAGGAGAAGAAACGACUGGCCAAAAUAAUGUUGGAGUCACAAGAGUUUGACCACUUCCUGGCCACUAAAUUUGCUACUGUGAAGCGGUACGGAGGAGAGGGAGCAGAGAGCAUGAUGGGGUUUUUCUACGAGCUCUUCCAUCAGGCCAACCACAGCGGGGUGACGGACAUCGUGAUCGGGAUGCCUCACCGCGGCCGACUGAACCUCCUGACCGGCCUGCUCAAGUUCCCCCCAGAGCUCAUGUUUCGUAAAAUGCGAGGUCUCAGCGAGUUUCCGGACACGUCUCCAGCCAUCGGGGACGUGCUGUCUCACCUCACCUCGUCCGUGCAACUGGAUUUUGGAGCUGAACGUCCCAUUCACGUGACCAUGCUGCCGAACCCGUCCCACUUGGAGGCCAUUAACCCAGUGGCUCAGGGCAAGACCCGAGCAAGGCAGCAGCUGAGGAAAGAGGGCGACUAUUCUCCAGAUGAACACGCUCAGCCCGGAGACCAAGUCAUCUGUCUACAGGUCCAUGGAGACGGCUCCUUCCCUGGGCAGGGCAUUGUUCCUGAGACUCUGACCCUCUCAAACCUGCCCCACUACAGGGUCGGGGGCAGCAUCCAUCUCAUUGUGAACAAUCAAGUUGGCUACACCACCCCAUCAGAGAGAGCCCGCUCCUCACUCUACUGCAGCGAUGUUGGUAAAAUGGUGAACUGCGCUGUGAUCCAUGUGAACGGUGAUGAUGCUGAAGAGGUGCUGCGGGCCACUCGUCUGGCUGUAGAGUAUCAACGGACGUUUCGCAAAGACGUCAUCCUGGACCUCCUCUGUUACCGCCAGUGGGGCCAUAAUGAGUUGGACGAGCCCUUUUUCACAAACCCAGCUAUGUACAAGAUUAUUCGUUCUCGCAAAAGCGUCCCAGACUCGUUCUCGGAUCAGCUCAUAGCAGAAGGUUUGAUGACUGAAGAGGAGCGUAAUGGCAUCAAAUCAGCACACUACGGCAUGCUCAAUGAAAAACUCUCCAACAUGACCCUGUACAGCCCCCCGCCAACCAACCUGCAGGGCCGAUGGGGGGGCCUGGCAGAACCCCAGGCUAAAGUCACCAAGUGGGACACCGGUGUUCCUAUCUCGCUUCUGCAGUUUGUAGGGGCAAAGUCCGUGAACAUCCCAGAGAAUACACAAGUCCACAGCCACUUAGUAAAGACUCAUGUACAGGCUCGGCUGCAGAAGUUGGAAGAAGGGGCCAAACUUGACUGGUCGACAGCAGAAGCACUAGCCUUUGGCUCUCUUCUGUGUCAAGGUUUUAAUAUUCGAAUCAGUGGACAGGAUGUUGGAAGAGGUACUUUUAGUCAGAGACACGCAAUGGUGGUGUGUCAGGAAACUAACGACACAUACAUCCCACUAAACAACAUCAGCCCUGAACAAACCGGCUUCUUGGAGGUGUGCAACAGCCCUCUGUCUGAAGAGGCUGUGCUUGGCUUUGAAUAUGGAAUGAGUAUUGCUCAACCUAAACUUCUUCCUAUUUGGGAGGCUCAGUUUGGAGACUUCUUCAAUGGUGCACAAAUUAUCUUCGAUACCUUCAUUUCUGGCGGUGAAGCAAAGUGGCUGUUGCAGUGUGGGAUGGUCAUUCUGUUGCCCCAUGGCUACGAUGGAGCAGGUCCUGAGCACUCGUCCUGUCGGAUGGAGCGAUUUUUACAGAUGUGUGACAGUAAACUGGAUGGAGUUGAUGGAGACACGGUGAACAUGUCUGUAGUCAACCCGACCACCUCAGGCCAAUACUUCCACCUGCUGCGGAGACAGAUGAUUAGAAACUUCCGAAAACCUCUCAUUGUGGUCGGACCCAAGACUCUGUUAAGAUUCUCUGGGGCAGCAUCCAGUUUGAGUGAGAUGGCACCAGGCACUUCAUUCCAACCAGUACUGGGCAAUAGCAUUGUCGCACCCGAAAGUGUCCAGCGGGUGGUGCUGUGCUCAGGGAAGCAUUACUAUGCUUUACUGAAGCAGAGAGAGGCGUCGGCUGCCAACACAGCUCUGAUCAGACUGGAGGAGCUGUGUCCAUUUCCACUGGAGGCUCUGCAGCAGGAGCUCGCAAAAUACCCCAACGCUAAAGAGUUCGUUUGGAGUCAAGAAGAGCCUGAAAAUAUGGGGCCCUGGUCUUUUGUAGGUCCUAGGUUUGAGAAGCAACUGGCCUGCAAGCUCCGCCUCGUCAGCCGUCCGGCCCUGCCCGCUCCGGCCGUGGGCAUCGGCAUCCUUCAUCAUCAACAACAAGAAGCCAUCCUGAACUCUACCUUCUCCUGA